AUGCACAAACCGCUGGCGGUGUCACGGGUAGACGAGGCGGAGGAGGCGAACGGGGGGGUCCUGGGGGAAUCGGAGGCACGGGCGGAAGGAGGACGAGCCACGGUUGUGCCCCCUCUCCGCAAGAGAGACAUCCCCACACCGAUCAUCGCCACGGUGCCUGGGUACGAGGCAGAGCAGACGAGCGAUUUUCAGGUCCCCGACGGUUACAUCCGGUUCCCCCGGAGGGCUGGGGGCGAAGACGACGUGGCGACGUGCGAGUACUCGCUGGAGAUGGAGGACGAGGAAUGGCUGGAGAAGCACCCUCGGUACGGUCUGUCGGGGCCCCCCUCCGAGAAGGGCAAGCUGGACGUGGACAAGCUGGAACAGAUGCUGGGCAUCCUAGAGAUGGGGACGGGGCAGGCCGACCCCAUCCCGCUGCCGCAGGCCGUGCACCACGACGCUUGGACGGAGGUGUACCGCUUCUGGAAGGAUAAGAGGUCUCGGAUGGGCAAGCCGCUGCUGAGGAGGUUCUGGCCCGUGACUCCCUCCAACGACACCGACCCUCACAAGGUGUUCCGACCCCGAGAGAAGGAGCGGUACAAGCUCAGAAAGCACCGGAAGAACGAUCUCGACAGCUUCCGAAAGCUGCAGCAGGUCAAGAAGGACUUCGAGAAGCAGCAGUUGGAGCGGAGCCGGGAUGGGGAGCGGACGUCCUCCCGCAAGUCCAAGAAGAGAAAGGAGCGAGAACGGGCAUCGAGGGCGGCCGGGGGGGGGGUGGACGCGGGUGGCGGCGGCAGCAUGGGGGGGGACGACCACUACGGGGACGAGGACGAGGACGGCGACAGCUACUCUGGGGCGGGGGCGGGGGCGGCGGGAGGAGGCGUCGCCUCCGUCGGGGAGGACGGGGGGGGGUCGUUCGGGAUCAUCCCCGGGUCCCACGUCACCGUGUUGCCGUCCUUCAUGGACGACCUCAAGACGAGGGAGAGCAUACCGGUCCGGACGGUGGUGGAGCCGGCUCUGGCGGUGUACACGGCGUUAGGGGGGCGCGACGCCAAGGGCAAAGGAAGGGGAGGGGCGAGAGAAAGAGAAAGAACGGGUGGCCCAGGGGGAGGGAAAGGGAAGGCGCGCGUGGGAGUGGAGCCGGUGUACAAAUUCAGACUACGAGGCAGGAUCGGCCGAGGCGGGCGGGUGAUCUGGGACCGCGUCCCGGUGAGGGGGGCGGUACCCGCGAGAGAGGACGGGCUAGCGGACCCGGAAGAGGCGCCUGUGGUGGUGCACAGCAGCUACGUCCAGUUCCCCUUCAAGCCUCCCUCGGCUCACGUCCUGCACCCGCCGAUGGUCAACCUCAACGCCGACGAGCGGCGGUAUCGCGAGAUCUGCGCCAUGGACGAUGAUCAGGAGGAGAUGUUGGAACCUCUCGGCUUGGGGCUGCUAGGGAACUCGUCAGGGGCGCCUUCCGCUUCGGCGGCGGCGGCGGCAGCAGCGGCGGCGGCGGCGGCAGCGGCGGGAGGAGGCGACCCUAGAGCGGCGGCGGCGGCGGCGGCGGCAGCAGCAGCGGCAGCAUCGUCGUCGUCGUCGUCAUCGUCAGCACCCAAGAUUAAGUACGCCAUUGAGGUGUAGGUGGAGGCAGAGAAGAAGGGUCGUCGACGAAGUAGUAGUUUGCCCGCGGGGGGGGGAUGGGGGGGAUGUGCUGUUAGCGACGGAGAUAUGAACGCUCGCAUGGCAUGAAUCACGGCGGCAACCGUUUGGAAAAGAGCGCGGAGGGAUGAAGAAAUCUACUUCCGGGAUGAUGUUGGUGGUAACUUUUUGUCGGCGGUGAGCAUGCUUAAGCAAGGGCUUGUUGCGAGAUCGGCGGUUAGGUGCAGUACUAGCCCGAGAGAGCGAGAGCUUUGGCGUGUGGACUUGCUCUUGUCUUGUGGCGGUCGCUCUCUGAUUGCCCUUGUUUCGCGAGGCACGACCGAUUCGCGUCGGUGGCGACGCACGAUUUGACACCACACUCACCGCUAGUAGUGCUGUCGAGGCCGUUCUUUCUUGCGUUCUUCUGCCAUCUUCUGUUGAUCGCUAACUAGAAUUGCGGCUUUGUCUUGCAUCAUACAAUAUGAAAUGUAGUCUAGUAAGGGCACCGUCGUCUGCUGUGCUGCUGCCAACGAACAGUUCUUUCGCAGGAUAGGUCUAGGUGUUUUGUAGACGGUGCAGCAGGGUUGGUGGUGGUACUGCGUUUAACCCGAUGUGUUAUUGCCGGUUUGACGGGGGGCAUGAGUCGGGUACAAGAGGCGCGCAAGGUCACCGACGGCACGCUGAGGUACUUCUUGAGCAGCAGAAGAGAUGGUAGCGCCCUUGAUCAUUGCCCGAUUAAGGAUUGGAGGCGAGGUCUAGCAGAAGUCAAACACGAAUCAAAAUGUCAAGUAGAGUAUUCCACGCACGGCGGUCGUUCAGCUUCGCGUAAGUUGUCCCUUGUCCCUUGCGCCCCAACUCCCUCUAGGGUCAGGGAGAACUGCGGGGAAGGGUGUGCUGGCAUAGAUUACCCCGGCAUAUCUUACCGGUAAUCCGACUAUAGAUGGCUUUCUAUUAUCCGUUCGGUGGUUGUGCGCUUGGCCAUUCGUGGCGGGAUGGUAACCAUGCCUACCCUCACGAUAGGCGAACAUUUACGACGAUGCAUUGUUGUGUCCAUGCGUUCUUGGAGCAUGUAGUUGACCUGUGACUGCGGAAGGCGCCCGUGUUGGACCGGAACGGAUGUCAAAAGGUACUGAGCG